CAGUAGUAUGGCGUCUCUUGUAUUGGGCAUAUAUAAACGCAUUAAACGAAACUAGAUCAAAGUAAUCGGAUUUUCUCGUUCGUCACGCGCGAUCGAGUGUUGCGAGAGCGAGGUGCUCCGUAAUCUCGCAGUUGAUCACAAGUGCGCGCACGCGCGAUACAGGACGUUCCGCGUUUUGACGCACACACGCACGGGCGCUGUACGUAUAUUCACCACCGCCAGCCGCCAGGCUGCAUAGUUGUUACAUUCGGUUACAUUGGAAGGCUCCGUAUCGGUGUGCGUAUCUGUGUGCGUGUCGCGGCGAAAACAGAAUUUCGACCGUCGUGGGAACACAGUUACCUUCCAGCGACGUACUCCGUUUCGCGCGUGACACACAAAAUAGACUCGCCGCCGCGCGCAGUGGCGAUCGAAACGACGAGAGUGAAGUAAGUCGCGCAUCACGGAGACGAGAACGGACGUAAAGUGUCCGGGUGCUGUGAGAGACGACGGGAAUCGGUGUCGGCAAUCGAUAUGAUACUCGCAUAACCGCGCGUAAUCAUGGGUCGCCGUCCUAUUCGAGGGUCGUUCCCGUCGCAUUUCAUAAACACGGCAGAUCACAGUGACGGAGGAACGAGACUCGGAGCAUGAUCACAAUGAGAGCGAUUGCGUUCCCUCGAGUCGCCAGUUUGUGAGUGAAAGAUUUUUCGGGGAAGCAGGGGGAAGGUAGCAAGGUAAUAAACGAGCGGUGUCGCGCAUCUCGAUAGGCGACAGAAAAGAGGUGUCCAUAGAAAAAGCGGAAGAAGUAGAAGGACACUUUGUUUCGUUCAGGCUCGCCUACCGAUCGUAUUGUGUUGCCGUUGUUGUCUCUUAUCACGUUGCGCAGCGAGAUCGGAAUUCGCGGAUGCGAAGAGUGCCACGAUGGUGAUACGAUCAUAAUUACCGAUUCGCAGCUUGCUGCGUAUGCAAUUGCUCAGAUUUGUCUGCAACCGCGUGAAGAUCCUUAAGACUGUCCGUCCUUACCAAGUACCUUUUCAAGUACCAUGUGGAAGUAGUAGUCUAUAAAUCCCACUGAAAGGAGGAUGCCACUAACUAAACGCAUUCCAUAUCCUUCGCGAUCGGACGGUGGUAGUAGCGAGAGCCCGUUGCUCGUGGAGGAAGGAGAGACGGUCGGUGCUCCGCAUAGUCCCCGCAACAUACACAGUCACAGCCAUUCACAUGGCAAUCCACAUCGGUCUCAUAGUUAUCAUCAUGAGAAACCGAAACAAUUAGUGAAAUACGGUGAACUAGUUAUACUCGGGUACAAUGGUUACCUGCCACCAGGUGAUAGAGGAAGAAGAAGAAGUAAGUUCGUAUUAUACAAGAGACCUGUGCCAAAUGGCGUUAAACGCAGCAAACAUUACAUCGUUAAAACGCCUCAUAGUUCGCAAGCCAUUCUCAACACGAGGCAACACUCCAUUUCGUAUACCCUUUCCAGAACACAAGCCGUCAUCGUCGAGUACACAGAGGAUGAGAAAACUGACAUGUUCCAAUCAACGUCUUCGCAGAUCGGUCGUUCAUCCGAAUCGCCCAUCGAUUUCGUAGUGAUGGACACGUGCGCGGGUGGGAUCGAUGGUGGAUCCGUCAGCGAAGGACGUGUCGCCCAAAGCACCAUCAGCAGGUUUGCCUGUCGAAUUCUGGCGGAUCGGUCGGAUCCAAGAAUCGCCAGAAUUUACGCCGCGGGCUUCGAUAGUUCGAGAAACAUAUUUUUAGGGGAAAAAGCAACCAAAUGGCAGGAGAAUCGCGAGAUCGAUGGACUUACGACGAACGGAGUACUGAUAAUGCACCCACGUGGCCAGUUUUGUGGUGGUGAGGCACAAUGCGGUUUCUGGCGGGAAGUCAGCGUAGGUGGCGGAGUUUUCUCACUCAGGGAAAGUCGAAGCGCUCAACAAAAAGGCAAUGUUGUGGAGGACGAGAACAAUAUUCUACAAGAUGGCACCCUCAUCGAUCUUUGUGGUGCUACUCUGCUAUGGCGAUCGGCCGAAGGCCUCGCCAAGUCUCCGACGAAACAAGAUCUCGAGGAAUUGGUUGACGCUAUAAACGCUGGCAGACCGCAGUGCCCCGUAGGCUUAAACACGUUGGUCAUACCACGCAGAGCAGCCUCGGAUUCAACGCAACAACAACCAUACGUUUACCUCAAGUGCGGUCAUGUACAGGGACAUCACGAUUGGGGUCAGGAAAAAGAUAAAGUUACGAGAAGGUGUCCCAUGUGCCUGGUCGCAGGAGCGGUAGUCAAGCUAUCUAUGGGCAUAGAGCCUGCCUUUUACGUCGACUGCGGACCGCCCACUUACGCAUUUAGUCCUUGUGGGCACAUGGCUACGGAAAAGACUGUCAAAUAUUGGGAAAAGGUAGCUAUACCACACGGCACAAACGGCUAUAUCGCUAUCUGUCCCUUCUGUGCGGUGCCACUUGAAGGAACGCCAGGAUAUGUAAAACUAAUUUUUCAGGAUAAUGUAGAUUGAAGAUAUAAAAUAAUGAAAGCAUGUAGAAAUUAAUAACUUCUUAAAAAAUAUAAGGAUUAUUAAGCUCGACAAAUGUAUGAGCGACUGUACUGAAUACCUACAGAAAGUUCUCCAUUUUCCGUUGUACAUAUUUCAAAAAUAAAAUAAAUGCAAGUUCUUGAUCAUAA